CCUCGGUCCCCUUCCGCCUCGCCCCGCCCCGCCCCCGCCCCCUUAGGCUGCCCCUCAUUCCCAAUCCUGGUGUGCACUUGCCAAUUGUUCGAGACAUAUAUAAAGACAUAAAGCUGAGACGAGCGAGGCCCGCUGUGGGCUUCAAGCAGGUUUUGGGGUCUUAUGUCUUGCGGGAGGAGGGCCGCGGAAGAGCACGCUUCUUGUCACUUGGGAAGGGGAUAUAUUUUCCCACAGUGAUGUAUCCUGGGUCGACUGCAGGCAGAGGGAUGGUGGGGUGAUGGAUAAGUCUCAUAGCCGGAAAAGACAUAGACCUCAGUAGCCUGUGGAGACUGAGGCUAUGCAUCUCAGUAGCUCCAAGAGCGGGAGAGUGCUGGCUCCAGUGUCCGGAGGUCCUGAUGCCUGUCAGAUGAUGUCCAGAGCCCAGCUCAGCCAGGAUCCACCACAAAGAACAGUACUAGGGGUGCUAACCGAGAAUGGGCAAUACAGGAGGACCUGUGGCCAGGAGAUCACAGCACUCAGGUGUUUCUCUGGAUCCGAAAAUGUCCUCCCUCCAGCCGGAAAGAAGGUGCUCUCUGACAGCGGGGUUCAGGCACCAGCCAAGCAAGGAUUUGACAUCUACAUGGAUGAGCCCGAGCAGGGGGACAGAGACAGCUGCGCAGGGAGAGAGGGGAUGGCAUUUGAGGAUGCCUAUGAAGUAGACACCAGCACAUUCAAGUCAGACCUUCACUUCCUGUUGGACUUUAACACAGUUUCCCCUAUGCUGGUAGAUUCAUCUCUCUACUCCCAGUCUGAAGAUGCAUCAGAUUUUGGUACAGAUGUGAUAAAUGUGACUGAAUAUGCUGAAGAAAUUCAUCAGUACCUUAGAGAAGCUGAAAUGAGAUACCGGCCUAAAGCGCACUACAUGAGGAAACAACCAGAUAUCACAGAAGGCAUGCGAACGAUUCUGGUGGACUGGCUGGUUGAGGUUGGAGAAGAAUAUAAGCUUCGGGCAGAGACCCUCUACCUGGCCGUCAACUUCCUGGACAGGUUUCUCUCGUGCAUGUCUGUUCUGAGAGGGAAGCUGCAGCUUGUAGGAACAGCAGCUAUUCUCCUGGCUUCGAAAUAUGAGGAAAUAUAUCCACCUGAAGUAGACGAGUUUGUCUACAUAACUGAUGACACUUACACAAAACGACAGCUGCUGAGAAUGGAACACCUGCUCCUGAAGGUCCUGGCUUUCAAUCUGACGGCACCAACCACUAACCAGUUUCUCCUUCAGUACCUAAGAAGACAGGGUGUGUGUGUCAGGACUGAGAACCUGGCCAAGUACGUAGCAGAAUUGAGUCUCCUUGAAGCUGACCCGUUCUUGAAAUAUCUUCCUUCACUGAUAGCUGCAGCUGCUUAUUGUCUGGCAAAUUAUACUGUGAACAGGCACUUCUGGCCAGAAGCCCUUGCUACGUUCACAGGCUAUUCACUGAGUGAAAUUGUGCCUUGCCUGAGUGAGCUGCAUAAAGCCUGCCUUGGUAUACCCCACCGACCUCAACAAGCAAUUAGGGAGAAGUAUAAGGCUUCAAAGUACAUGCAUGUGUCUCUCAUGGAACCACCCGCAGUCCUUCCUCUACAAUAAGUUUCGGAACUGAAGCACUUUCAGAACUUAACCACCAGAUCCACAGAAUUGGUUUCAUGUUUUCUAGCACUCUGCAGCUCGGGUCAACUAGUGUUGCUUUGUUAUAGAUGGCAUUCAUUUUUUAGAUGUACAUGUAUUUAGGUUCUUUUAGAUAUUAGUAGCUUAUAAUAUGUCUCACAUUUUCUAAAGAAUAAACAGCUUGCCUUCUGACCACA